AAUAUUGGCCGGGACCUUGAUCAAUUAAUUAAAUAUUGGGAUUUAUAAAUUUCCUUGAACUUAAAUGUGUGUUGGAUAGUGAAUAAAUUACAGAAGAUAAAAAAUCAACGAAGAAUGGACUACUGGUCGAUCUACUUGUUGUUUGUCUCACUUUUGGGUACGAUAUUACGUACUGGUGGCGUCGAGCUAACCUUCGAACUUCCUGACAACGCAAAACAAUGUUUCUUUCAGGAAAUUGAAAAAAAUGCAACAGCAAUGCUCGAAUUUCAGGUUGUGACAGGUGGACAAUAUGAUGUAGAUGUAAUUUUAAAAGCACCAAAUAAAGAAAUCAUCUAUAAACAAAUAAAAGCGCAAUUUGAUUCACAUCAAUUCACAGCAGAUAUGUCAGGAGUAUAUCAAGCAUGUUUUAGCAAUGAGUUCUCCACAUUUUCACAUAAACUUGUAUACAUGGAUUUUCGAGUGGGUGAUCAGUCACCACUUGCCGGACUUGGAGAGCAUGUCACUGUUAUGACUCAGAUGGAGUCUUCUGCUCAAGAAAUACAUAAGAAUUUGAACAGCAUUUUGGACUAUCAAACACAUCAUCGAUUAAGAGAAGCACAAGGCCGUAAACGUGCAGAAGAUUUGAACAGAGGUGUGCUCUUCUGGUCUAUUACAGAAACAUUUACAAUUUUAGUAAUAUGUGUGGGAGAAGUGUAUGUUUUAAAGACCUUUUUCACGGAAAGAAAGCCUUAAUUCAUUUAUUAGUAUAAUUGCGAAUAAUUAUACCUUCUUUCUUCGCAAUAAAAUACCUAAUCCGUCUGAUCGACAUAAAACAACAUAUUUAACGUUUUACAAGUUUUACCAAUCAUGAUGCCUUGUUAACCUUGGCCAGUUGUUUGUUAUGUCUAUACUUCAGACAUAGAAGUACAACACCAGACGGACGGAAUGAUCUAGCAAGUGAAACUUCUAGUUUUCUCGAGUAAAAGAAUGUUGUGUAUGCGCGACCACCUUGUGUGUAUCAUUUGAAUAUUAAGUCAUAUGAAAGUUAGAACAUUUUAAUAUGGGUACCUGUCCUAUUAUGAGCUGUAACAGAAUGUGAAAAUAAUUGGACUAUCUCUUGUAAUAAUAAAAUGAAGUUAUAACUAUAUCUUGGCAUUGACAAUGCAAUAGAUAUUAUCAUAGAAAACACAUUUUUCUUACUAUGAAUGUGUACCAUAAUUAAAAUAUUUGCGCGUAUAACUAUCUUAUAACUGUAGAAUUAUUUUCCUCUCCUACC